CAUAGUUGCAACUAUGUUACAACUAUGUUGUGACCCUGUUAGCUAACUCUCACAACUAACAUAACCUGUUACAAAAAAGCGGACAAUGUAAGUAUGUCACCAGCAAUUUGUGGCGUCAGAUUGGGGAUCACCUUGGGCGUCUGUCCAUCGUCGGCUAACCAUAGAAGGUCCCGGUACAUCAAAAUGGCAUAGCCGGACAUGUGGUUGUGGCCUUUGUGACAGAUCAGUGCCACUGGGACGUACUCCUCUUGCUUCCUGGAGAAUCCAUCCAGAGAGACGGGCACGGUGAAGGUGCCGUGCUGACAAGGCCAUCGACUUCUGUGUCUGAGGGCUCUCUUCUCAUCCAUGAAAUACUGCCCCAAACCUUCAUUGCGCCACGCUCCUGGAAGUGAACUUCAUCAGGAGUGCUUGACGGAGUUCGUUCUGCCAAAGGGCAGGGCAACAUGUGGCCUUGUUUGGAUGCACGGUCUUGGAGACGAUGAAGAAGGCUGGGCAGACAUGUUGGAGGACAACUUUCGAGUACCUGCAGCUUGCGGAUCAUGCAAGUUUGUUCUACCUCGUGCACCUAGACAACCAUCAAGUUGUAACGGUGGUGACGUCACUACAAGCUGGUUUGACAUUGCGGACUUGCCGAUUUCGCGCAAGAGUUCAGCACCCUAUGGCUGCUCCCUGGAAGAAGCACUUUCUUCCUGUGGGCGAGUGCACGCAGCGAUUGACAAACUCAUCGCGGAGGGAAUCCCUUCGGAACGUAUCAUGGUCGGAGGCUUUUCUCAAGGUGGGUCAAUGGCAAUGCUCUCAACCUUGACCUAUCCGAAACGGCUUGGUGGCAUCCUAGUAUUCAGUGGAAUUUGUUUCUUUGGCGAUCUUCUGAACAAGUUGGCCCAAGCUCCUCAUUGCAAAGAGCUACAGGUUUUUUGGGGCCACGGAACUCGUGACGAAGUUCUUGCUGCAGAUUUGCAAGAUGAGGGCGUGGAAGCAUUACAAGCUGCGGGCAUCAAAGUCACAGCAAAGAUGCCCUACUUGCAAUCAUGAAGUUGACUAAGUCAAGGAACAGACAGCAUAUCAAAACCUUUGCCAAUAUCCAACUGAGGAAGUAUGCGGUGGAUCAUGGCCCCACUGAGCGGGAAUUGAAGGAUGCGCUCGCUUUUUAUGUAGAACAUCUCAAGUCCUAGACGAAGCCUUUGGCGAGAGAGAA